GGCAUUUUACGGCAAAGGUGCUUGUCAUAAGCUUGAGCUUCUUGAAAUUGGUGGAUUUUGAUUGCAAACUUGUGCAAGUGCUUUAUGACAUGCAAUAAAACCUGCAUUUGAGUUCAAAACUUUUAGAAUUUUUUUGCAAAUUUUUGUUGCAGGAAGAAUUUGAUUUCAGGAAAAUGGCGAGCAACGUGAGGAGAAGGGUGAUACACAUGGCUAAUUUGCCCCUGAAGCUUGUGAUGCCCUCUUCACUGGAAAACAUCAAGGAGAUUGCAUUCAAGACCAUUCCUUCUGCCUCCAAGAUUGAGAUCAAGAGGUUGUUAGAGUCGUUAUAUGGGUUUGAGGUCGAGAAAGUACAAACCCUGAACAUGCAAGGCAAGCAUAAGCGCAGGGGAGGGUUUGUGUAUUACAAACCUGAUUACAAAAAAGCUUACGUUACCCUUAAGAAUCCUAUUUCUCUGCCACCUAAUCUCUACCCCAUCAAUAUUUUCCAAGAAGAGAAGGAGGCUAAAAAACAGAAAGAGGAAGGAACUGUGGACAUGGACACAAAGCGAACCCACUGGCUUGAUGAUGAUAAGUUUAGGCCUGAGCCAGAAAAUGGCAAGCCUCAGAGGAGGCAGAAGCCCUGGCACAGUAAACUUGCGUGGAGGUAGAUGCCACUGAAUUUUCUGUAAGUUGGCUUUUCAUUCAUCUCACUUGAGUUUCUAACACAGGAACGAAAAAACUCUCUUUGUUUUGAAAUUUACUUACUACGGGCAUUACCCAUUUGGCAUUCUUCUCCUGUUAGUGAAAUGUAUUCAUUUCAUGAAUACCCAUUUGGCUGUAAUGAAGACAAGCUUUUAUUAUAAUCUGUAAUUUGUGAAUCAGAUAUGAACAUUCUGAUCUUAUUGCAUCCUAAUUAUACACAUUAGUAUCAUUACUAAGGAAUUGAGCUCUUCGAGUCUCACUUCCUCCCCGUUUCAAUUUAAAUUUGUUAUUGCUCUCUGAACCUUAACAUGA